GACGGCCAUGGAGAAGAAGCUGAUCGGCUGCCCCGUGUGUAUCGAGCACAAGAAGUACAGCCGAAACGCUCUGCUCUUCAACCUGGGGUUCGUGUGCAAUGCCAGAGCCAAGGCCUGUGCACUGGAGCCCAUCGUGAAGAAGCUGGCCGGCUACCUCACCACCCGCCCACUGGAAAGCGGCUUUAUCUCCAAUGAGGAGAGUAAACAGAAGCUGGUUCCCAUCAUGACCAUCCUGUUGGAAGAGCUGAAUGCCAAAGGAAAGUGCACCCUGCCCAUAGAUGAGUCCAACACCAUCCACCUGAAGGUGAUCGAACAGCGCCCAGAUCCCCCAAUCGUGCAGGAGUACGAUGUCCCCGUCUUCACCCAAGACAAGGAUGACUUCUUCAACUCCCAGUGGGAUCUCACCACACAGCAGAUCCUGCCCUACAUCGAUGGCUUUCGGCAUGUCCAGAAGAUUUCUGCAGAAGCUGACGUGGAGCUGAACUUGGUGCGCAUUGCCGUGCAAAACCUGCUGUACUAUGGGGUCGUCACGCUCGUCUCCAUACUCCAGUACUCCAACGUGUACUGCACCACGCCGAAGGUCCAGGACCUGGUGGAUGACAAGUGUCUCCAGGAAGAGUGUCUGUCCUACGUCACCAAACAAGGGCACAAGCGAGCCAGCCUCAGGGACGUCUUCCAGCUGUACUGCGGGCUGAGCCCUGGCACGACAGUGCGAGACCUCAUCUCCCGCUACACCCUGCAGCUCCAGAGGGUGGACGAGAGGCGGCUCAUCCAGUUUGGGCUGAUGAAGGGGCUUAUCCGACGGCUCCAGAAAUACCCCGUCAAGGUUGCCCGGGAUGAGCGGAGCCACCCAGCCCGGCUGUACAGCUACGAUGAGAUCUGCUGCAAGACCG